AGUUCGAGGUUGUCGUAUAGAUUCCAUGGACGCCCUAAUGCCAACACAUGUGCAAAGCUAUAUCUGAACCAUGUCGGUGUGCGUCGCGUAUGACUAUGCCCAAGGAAAGUCUUAAUCAUUUUUGGCUGAGUUUAGUGUGCAUAGGGCGGUACUCGCAGCGCCAGAGAUUUUGCCGAUCCAAAGUUUGAUUUUCCCCAUUCAAUAUAAUGUCACUGACCAGGUCGUCGUCGAGAAAGGAUCUAGCCGAGCAGAAUCAGAAUCAGAAUCAGAACGGCAGUCAGCCCAAAUCGACGACCAUAGUCAAGUAUGAGAAGUCGUCGUGCCUCUUCUGCAACGAAUGGUUCGAUGCCCAGACAUUCACGGAACACCUGAUCCACUGCGGCCAGGUGCUGGAGGAGUGUCCCAACGGCUGUCAGGCCUUCAUCCCACGCAUCCGGAUGCGAUCCCAUCUGAAGGAGUGUCCACGCAACCAGCACAAUCUGAGCAGCCAGCAGCGCAUGAGUGUCAGCAUGGAUCGCCUGGAUAGGCAGUCGGAUCAGCGUCUCCUGGUCAUCGAACAGGACGUGGGCACCAUACGGUCCGUUCUCAACGAGGAGAUACGACAGCGUUUGCAUCUCAUCACCGAUGUGGGCAACAUACGGAAGCAGAACCAGGUCGUCGAGGAUUGGACCCGCGAAACGGAGAAGGCGAUGGACGAUCUGCGCCGCCAGAUGGAGGAGGAAACCAAUCGGAAGGCAUUUGCCAUCGAACAGAACCAGCUGGAUGUCCAGUACUGCUGUGAUAUCACACAGUCUUUGAAGGAGCAAGUGGAGUCCAGGCUGGAUGAGGCCCAAAAGCUGGUCAACCAGCUCUCGGCGGACGUGACCUAUCACCAGAAUCAGCUGAACGACAAUAUCCUGAAGCUGGAGGAGCUGAUCUUUGAGAACGAGCGGCUCAACAGGGAGAAGUUCUUUCAGAUCGAGGAGUUCCUGCAGCAGAUCAAUGAGGAUAUCAAAACGAAGCUGGGCAACAGUGACUAUGUGACGUCGAAGCAGGCCACCUUGGACUACGAGGUGAAGAAUGUGAAGAACAUUGUGUGCGAAACGGAGGAGCGUUGCGAUAAAUUGGAUCGAGCACUUCACCAGACCAUGCAGAAUAUAUCGGACUUGGAGACGCAAAUGGCCAUGCAGCAGCGGAUUGCCAGUGUCCAGAAUAUAAGGGGACACUUGAUUUGGCGCAUCAAGGAUUACUCGAAAAAACUGGAAGAGUCCAAGCAGUACGACACCAUUCUCCAUAGCGCCAUGUUCUCCAAUAAAGCCUUUGGCUAUGCUCUACGUCUGGAUAUAUACUUGAAUGGCAAGGGCACCUGGAAGGGCAGGAACAUGAUCGCCUGCUUGAACGUCCUAUCCGGGGAGUACGAUCCCCUACUGGCCUGGCCCUGCCGCCUCCAGGCCGAGAUCAUCAUCCGGGAUCAGUGCACGAAUGCGGCAGAUGCCGAGGAUUAUGUGAAGACCAUCUUUGUGCGCAAGAAGAGCGAUGAUUUCAUCCAGAGCAACCAGUACUUUCACAUACCACACAAGGUGAUCACCAGCCGCAACUAUCUUCGCAACGAUUCCAUGUUCAUCGAGGUUCGAGUUUUGAAAUAAAACCCAUGUACUCCCCCGUCCG